UGAAUACUCGUGAUUCUACAUUCACCAACAAUUUUUUUUUUAAUUGAUUUUAUUGUCAGUCUUGGUUUUUUUUUAAAUUGUAGUUUUAUUCACAUUUGGAAAAGAAAGUUAUGUGUGGUUGGUUAUUGAACGCUUAAAAGUAAUAUUACUAUUUCAAAGGCCUAAAGAUGCUCGCUACAAAAAUAUUAGUACCGGCGCCGAAGAUAGAAGAACGCAAGAUAACAGAACUUUUGUUGUGCGGCCCAGGCCCUUGUAACAUUUGGCCUUCUGUGACCGAAGCUCUCACCAAGCCCAUUGUAUCACCAAUAUGUGAUGAGUACUACAAUGCAAUGGAAGACAUCCGCCUCAGUCUCAACUACCUAUUCCAAACAAAGUCCAAGUUGGUGCUUGCAAUAAGCGGUUCCGGACACUCUGGUAUGGAAACCGUCAUCACAAACUGCGUCGCUCCAACUGAGACUAUGCUGAUAGCGACCAGGGGCAUUUGGGAUGAGCGAGCGUUGAACAUUGCCCAAAGAUACAAUAUCAACGCAAUACCGUAUCGCAUACCGCUCGACUCCACGUUCGACUUUGAGAAUAUCGAGACACAGCUGAAGAAAUGGAGGCCGACAGCUCUUUUUAUAACCCACGGGGAUUCCUCGACCGGCACCGUGCAGAAACUAGAAGGCCUUGGGGAGUUGUGUCACAAGUACGGUGCACUCCUAAUAGUGGACACGGUAGUGUCAAUAGGCGGAGUGCCGUUUUUAAUGGACGAGUGGGGGGUGGACGCCGUGUAUGCGUCCACACAAAAAGCUCUGAGCGGACCUGCCGGUAUAUCGCCCGUUGCAUUCAGCGAGAGGGCCCAAGAGAAGAUUAACAACCGCAAACACCAACCACCAUUUUACUUCGACGUGAAGCUGUUGGCACAACAGUGGAACUGCUACGGGAAUACGCGAGCAUAUCACCACACAUUGUCUGCCCCUAUGAUAUGGGCUCUGAGACAGUGUUUAAAAGAAAUAAACAAAAGAACUCUGCCGGUAUUCUGGAAGACACAUCAUGAUGUCACCAAGCACUUCCACAAACGUCUGCAGCAAUAUGGCUUCAAAUUCCUAGUGCCGAAGGUUGAAGAUCGUUUGGCGACAGUCACAACAGUUGUUCUGCCCCGCGGUUAUGAUUAUACUACCUUCGUCAGACAUAUGAGAGAAAAUUACAACAUUUUAAUAUUCGGCGGCUUGGGCCCAACAGCAGGCAAGGCGCUCAGAAUAGGCAUCAUGGGAGUCAACGCUACUAUAGAAGUGGCAGAUGCUGUUGCUGAAGCUAUGGCUGGCACAUUGAAGGCUCUUACGAAAUCUUCCCUCUGAAACUAAACGUAACCAUAAGUUAAGAAUUAAUAUUAUGCUACGCUCCUAUUAUUUAAAAAUCCAUUUCCUACUAAUUAAAAAUAUUUUCAAACAAUUAUUUAUUAAUUAUUCAUGUCAGUCACAAGAGGGAUAAAAACAGGGAUUUGAUCAAGACUGUUCAGUGUUCAUUCUUAUAUUUAAUUAAGACUAAGUGUUUAUCUUGCAAAAAGAAUUAUAAAAUAUUUUAAAUUGAAUUUUAAUAUUCUCUACGGAUUCGUCGAAUCUCUUAGGCCUCCUACACACGCUCAAUAAUAUUGUUAUUAAAGUUAGUUUUUUUAAGUCUUACCUCCAUUAGCGUUUUAUUACCGAGGACGACCUACAUCACUUUAGAUAACCUCACAUUAUUUUAUUGUGAAUUAUUAGAAUUAUUUAAUCUUUAUUAGAUAUUAAAACACAAUUAUUCAUCU